CAGCCCUCCCUAGGCUCUGCGGUACUUCUUAGGCUCUCCCUCGCUCCCUUGCUCGCUUUCUCUCUCUCUCUUUCUUUUUCUCUCUCUCUCUCCCUCCCUCCCUCCCUCCCUCCCUCCCUCUCUCUCUCUCUCUCUCUCUCUGCUCUCUCAUCAUUCCUACCAUCCCCACCCCCACCCCCACCCCGCCCCAGGUCAAGCUUCUCCCCACCUCCAUCCCCUACCCCCAGCCGCUCCGUCCCCACCCUUACAACUUCAGCCCUCCCACUCACGUCCAGGCUCCACCUCCACUUUGGCCCGCCUGGCCAGCCUCUCCCUUUUUCCCCCUACCUCCAGGCCCCGCCUCUGCCCCGUGCUGCACUCCCCGCACUUCCUCGCCUCCCCCCUGCCCCCAACCGCGGUGGCUUCCUGGGCGAACAGCGUGCUGCUGCGUCAUCGCCAGUGGCCGGUUUGAAUGAGGCUUGUCGCACCGGAGCUGCCGCUACCACUGCGCUUCCUCUCCGGCCGGCUCCGCAAGCUGCUUCAUAUACCUCGGCUGCCCUUGUCAGGCCCAGCCUCCCGCGCCGUUUCUUCCCUCCUGCCUCGCCAUGCCACUCUACUCUGUUACAGUAAAAUGGGGAAAGGAGAAAUUUGAAGGUGUAGAAUUGAAUACUGAUGAACCUCCAAUGGUGUUCAAGGCCCAGCUUUUUGCAUUGACUGGAGUCCAGCCAGCCAGACAAAAAGUUAUGGUGAAAGGAGGAACCCUGAAGGAUGAUGACUGGGGAAACAUCAAAAUGAAAAAUAUGGAGUUGCCGUGUGGAUUGACAAACCUCGGUAACACUUGUUACAUGAACGCUACAGUUCAGUGUAUUCGCUCUGUGCCUGAACUCAAAGACGCCCUUAAAAGGUAUGCAGGUGCCUUGAGAGCUUCAGGGGAAAUGGCUUCAGCACAGUAUAUUACUGCAGCUCUUAGAGAUUUGUUUGAUUCCAUGGAUAAAACUUCUUCUAGUAUCCCACCUAUUAUUCUGCUGCAGUUUCUGCACAUGGCUUUUCCACAGUUUGCAGAGAAGGGCGAACAAGGGCAGUAUCUUCAGCAGGAUGCUAACGAGUGCUGGAUACAAAUGAUGAGAGUCCUGCAACAGAAACUAGAAGCCAUAGAGGAUGAUUCUGCUAGAGAGACCGAGUCUUCAUCUGCAUCAGCAGUCACACCUUCUAAAAAGAAAAGCUUAAUUGAUCAGUUUUUUGGUGUUGAGUUUGAAACUACCAUGAAAUGUACAGAAUCUGAAGAAGAAGAGGUCACCAAAGGAAAGGAAAAUCAACUUCAACUUAGUUGUUUCAUUAACCAGGAAGUGAAGUAUCUUUUCACAGGGCUUAAAUUGCGACUUCAGGAAGAAAUUACUAAACAGUCUCCAACAUUGCAGAGAAAUGCUUUGUACAUCAAAUCUUCUAAGAUCAGCCGGCUACCUGCUUACUUAACUAUUCAGAUGGUUCGAUUUUUUUAUAAAGAGAAAGAAUCUGUGAACGCCAAAGUUCUUAAGGAUGUUAAAUUUCCUCUCAUGUUGGAUGUGUAUGAACUCUGUACACCGGAACUUCAAGAGAAAAUGAUCUCUUUUCGGUCAAAAUUCAAGGAUCUAGAAGAUAAAAAAGUGAAUCAGCAACCAAAUGCAAACGACAAGAAUAGUCCUCCAAAAGAGAUUAAGUAUGAACCCUUUUCAUUUGCUGAUGAUAUUGGCUCCAAUAAUUGUGGCUACUAUGACUUACAAGCAGUGUUAACUCACCAGGGAAGAUCUAGUUCUUCGGGUCAUUAUGUAUCAUGGGUGAAAAGAAAAGAAGAUGAAUGGAUCAAAUUUGAUGACGAUAAGGUCAGCAUUGUAACACCAGAAGAUAUUCUGCGACUGUCUGGAGGUGGAGACUGGCACAUUGCUUAUGUUCUACUUUAUGGGCCUCGAAGGGUUGAAAUAAUGGAAGAAGACAGUGAACAGUAACCUUCAAUUUAGCUAUUUAUGCCUAGGUGUGAUAUAAAUGUGUGUAUGUGGUGGUUUUUUUUUUUUGUUUUGAAUAUUUCUAUAAUCUUGAGCUCUAAAGAGAAUGAGAACAGAACCAAGCCACUUGUGUAUCAUCAAUCUUAAGACUACAGAUAAUUACGUUUGGGUGCUACCUAAUGUAAAGGUAGCUACAAGACAUUCUUUAAAAUCUUUUGCAUUAAUUGUUACAAAUUCUUGGCUGAAAUCCAUUUUAUCCCUUGCCUAUUCAACCCAAGAUUUAGCAAUGAUGUUUAUUGCACACCUAUGUGUUGUUCUUGCAUGGUUAAUAUCACCGUUCAGUAGCUGCCCGUCCUUUGCCUUAUCUAACCAAUAUUUUCCUAGGAGGUGGAAAAUGAAGUGUUGCUCUCAUCGUGUAACUCAGUGCUGCUGUCCACAUCCCAUCAACUGGGUGCAAUCAAGUAUUGUCCAGACUGACUGUUGCUGGCCUUUCAUGACUUUACAAUAAAUUGUGAUUAAUACGAA